GUGAAGAAGGAGAAAUGGAGGAACAAGGUGAAGAAGGAGAAAUGGAGGAACAAGGUGAAGAAGGAGAAAUGGAGGAACAAGGUGAAGAAGGACAAAUGGAGGAACAAGGUGAAGAAGGACAAAUGGAGGAACAAGGUGAAGAAGAACAAAUGGAGGAACAAGGUGAAGAAGGACAAAUGGAGGAACAAGGUGAAGAAGAACAAAUGGAGGAACAAGGUGGAGAAGAACAAAUGGAGGAACAAGGUGAAGAAGAACAAAUGGAGGAACAAGGUGGAGAAGAACAAAUAGAGGAACGAGAUGGAGAAGAACAAACGGAGGAACAAGGUGAAGAAGAACAAACGGAGGAACAGGGUGAAGAGGAACAAAUCGAGGAACCAAGCGAAGACGAGGAAUCAGGCGAAGAACAAACCGAAGAACAAGGUGAAGAAGAACAAACCGAAGAACAAGGUGAAGAAGAACAAAUCGAGGAACAAGGCGAAGAACAAAUCGAGGAACACGGCGAAGAAGAACAAGUGGAAGAACAAGGCGAAGAAGAACAAGUGGAAGAACAAGGCGAAGUAGAACAGGUGGAAGAACAAGGCGAAGAAGAACAGGUGGAAGAACAAGGCGAAGAAGAACAAGUAGAAGAACAAGGCGAAGAAGAACAAGUGGAAGAACAAGGCGAAGCUUCUUUAAAGAAACGUCAAGUUGAAGAAAUUGAAGAAGAAAGCGAGGUGGGUCAAUACGCAGAGGAAGAAUACCUUGAAGAGGAGCCAAUUAUCAGAUAUUACCCAAACUUAGGCGAAGAUGAAUAUUAUGAAGAAGAAGACGAACAAAGUAUAUACGGUGAAGAACUUUAUGAAGAUUUUCGUAAAAGAGAAAUCAAAAAUCUUCAACGAGAUAAUUAUAAUCUUGAUUCUCUCGAUCAUUUUCAUCGUCGACAUUAUAAUGAACAAUCUUCUGCUCAGUAUCCUCAAAAAUACCAUUAUCAUCGGUCCCAAUACCUAGAACCUGUUCUUAUUAAAUCACGCUGCAUACAUGAUGAGUUAUAA